AUGAAUGCAUACGGAGGAGGCCAUGAUGCCCAGCACACAAGUAUCCUAGCGAAGACUGACUAUGGCAAGAAGAAACCAGACCUCAGGAGACACUACCCAGAGGAGUGGGGAAGAUUCCUCUACAACCAUUAUGACCCUGAUGUGCAUAAAAAACCUUUCAAUAUUGCUAUGAAGGCUCCAGAUUUAUAUUCUUAAGGAGUCGGUCUUAGCUACAAGUUUAACAAUUGCAAGGUGCUUGAGAAAAUAGAUGUUGAAAAGAAGGAAGUAGAUAAGUUUAAAUUCAUAAGAUUCGAAGAAUUCAACCAAAUUAAAGACGGCUAAGUCAUGAUUUCAAUUGAACAUUGUAUUAACUGCCAGUCACACAACACAUCCACUAAACAUGAUGAGAACAAGUAUAGAGCAUUUGCUAAUCACAUGCAAGCAUCAGUUAGAGAAUAAUUUCCUCAAGUUCUAGUCAUCGUAAAACCAAUUACAACAGAUCAAGAUGAAAAAAUCAAGCAUUUAAGAGUAGACUAUCAAAAAGAUUCAGACAAGCCAACCCUGAUUGACUAACAACUUAAACCAACUAGAAUUGGAGCUUUAGAAGUUCAAUUAUUGACAAGAAAUGAAGGUAGAUUAACUGAGAAAAUCCUUCAUUCAAAAUUGAAGUCUGGCAUGUGGCCAAGUGUAGCAUUGAUUCUAGAAAAAAUACACUUCUUCUUACCUAGAGUUCCCAAAGUCACUAUCCAGUUGUUCAGAGAUAAUCACGCUCAUCUUCCUUAUUCUGAUAAUGAUGAUAAUGAUGCAGGUGACUUCAAAGAUUUUCAAGUCAAAAUUCAAUCUUCAUAUAACUCUACUGCUUCUCAGCACUAACUCUCUCAAUAUUUAUAGCAAAGUGAACAAGAAAAACUAACAAUUCAAAUGAUGGCGAGACAUAAGAGACUACUUGGAACUAAUAAAACAGCUAGACCAUCUAGCGCAAAAACUUACAUUGGAGUAUCUGAGUCUCUAAAUCAAGUCAGCUUGUUUAAGACUUAGAACUAAUUUUAUCAAAAGAAUUUCCAAUCUUAUACAACUCUUCCAAAUGUAAGGCCAAUAAGUGCUUCAACCUACCAGAUAUCUCAGAGAUCCUUUGAUAAUAUUCACCAGCCAGGUCUUUCUAUCUAAUAAUCACCAUAUAACAACGCUAAGACUAUUCAGCACUUCUAGUAAUAGUAAACUUUAUCUCAUUCUAAGAGACCUAUUUCAGCUUUUACUAAUCUCUCAAAAUUAUCAAAGUCAUCUCGACCAAUGUCUGCUCAAACUAGAAAGAAGUCUAAUUAACACUCAGUUAAAAAGACUGGAAGAGGUCUUGGCUACUUUGGAGAUGAUAAUGAUAAAGUCAAAGAAACUGAAUAAAGAUUCCAAAACGAAUAAAACUAUAAGGUCAAGGAAAUUGAUAGAAAAGCUGAUGAUGCUGGUAAAAUUGUAUUGUAGCAUAUUCCAGUUGGAUACUACAGUAUCGAUGUAAAAGGAAAUGACUUCUACAUGUCUUCAUCAAAAGUAGUGAAUGUGGUGAAUGAGGAGGAUAAGGAUGAGAUCACCAUAUUUGUGGGAGUUAAACCAAGAAUUGACACUGAUACUGAAUUCACCUUCUAUAAUGAAAACUAAGGAAAUAAAACUCAUGAAAAACUUAAACCUGAAAUAGUAGAGGCUAAAGCUAUUUUACUUCCAAAAAUAAUUUCAAGCAAUGACCAUCCAGAAAUUGAUGAUAUGGAGGAAGAAGAGUAUGAAUUUGAUAUUCUUUGGGACUCCUAAAAAUAACUUUGGGUUACUACAAUUAAAACUGGUCAUUAUUUGAUAAAUGUUAAGGCGAGAGGAUAUAAAGAAUUCAACAAAUAUGUUCAUAUCCAAGAAAGAGAACUCUCAUUUGUUCUAACUCCGAUUAACUAUAAGAUUCCUCACUUAUUAGUUCAAGCUAUCAAUGUCAAUACUGGCAAGCCACUGAAGAAUGUAGUAUUUGAAUUUUGGAAGGAAAGCAAUUAGUAACCAGAAGAAGGCUUAUCAGAUGAAAAUGGAGCAUAUAGCUUCGGAGUGAGAUAAAUUGGUAUUUAACAUGUGGUAGCUAAAAAAUCAGGAUUUGUGUCAAUUCACAAAACUAUUAACUUCACUAAUGGUUUCUUAUUGAGAAAUGAAGAUAAGAUCAUUACGAUUCCAAUGAUUAAAGAACAGCCAGUUGAUUCAGCCAAGGCCUUCGCUAUCCUCACAUACAAUGGUAAACUGACAAAUGUGAAACUAAAAGCUUUGACCACUAAUGAUCAUUCUCUAGACACUCACACUAUCUCAUAAAACUUACAAUUCGUAGAGAUAGACGUCUCUCAAAUGACAAGCUACAAUGUAAAUGAGGAAUCUCCAGAUAAAAAGCAAGGAGAUCACAAUCCUUCCGUCAGAUUUGUAGCUAAAAUUGAAGAUCAGCCAGAGUUGCUAGCAUUUGACCCAGCUAUGCUAGAUAGAAACUAUAAAAAUGCUCUCUAGGAUUAUAACCUGUAAUUCACUAUUGUAUACAGAGAUCAUUAAGGCGGUAAUCAGUACAGAGUAAGGACUCUUGAGUCACCAUCAUUCAUUGAUGGAGAUGUGUGGGACAUCUGUUUCUUCUGCAGUCCAUCUAUAAUUGAAACCAAUAUUAUUAUCCACCACGUUCCUAGGGCAAACAACUUCUUUGCAUAUUAUCAAAAGCUUAGUGUAUUCUUCAGAAAUAGACGAACAUAAAAGUUCAAUCAGACUCUAGGUAAAUUUACUCACAUUAAUGAUUUAUUUUAGGUUUCGAUGCUCAUGGAGUCUAUAGAAUGGACGAUACUUGGAUAGAUGAGAGAAAACUUGUAGACUAUUUAAGCAACUUACUUGCAGAUAAACUUCUAAGCCAUGACCAAAAGAAGAUGA